CUCGGGGCAGGCUUUCGCUCCUUCUCUCCUGGUUCCUUUCUACCCCCAGCCUCCCUGCCUCUCUCCCCGACUCUUCCCCUGCUCCUGCAUCUCCACUCCUCUCUCUCCCUGGGAGCGGAUCUGCGGGCUGGCCACGAUGAGCCUGUGGCCCGCGGAGCUGAGCAGCCCGGCGGCGGCCGGCUCGCUGCUCCUGUGUGCCGCGCAGCUGGCGGUGGGCUACGCGCUGGGCAGCCGCCUGGGCCGCGGGGCGAGCUCUCCUGACCGCUGGACGCUGGUCUGGCUCUGCUAUGACGCCCUGGUGCAUUUCACGCUGGAAGGACCCUUUGUCUACUUGUCUUUAGUAGGAAGUGUGGCAGACUCAGAUGGUGUAAUUGCUUCAUUAUGGAAAGAGUAUGGCAAAGCAGAUGCAAGAUGGCUUCAUUCAGAUCCCACCAUUGUAUCCCUGGAGAUGCUGACUGUUGUUCUGGAUGGAUUGCUAGCCUUACUCCUCAUUUAUGCCAUAUUAAAAGAGAAGUACUAUCGGCAUUUCAUUCAGAUUACCCUGUGUGUUUGUGAACUGUAUGGCGGGUGGAUGACCUUCUGUCCAGAUUGGCUUAUUGGAAGCCCCAACCUUAAUACCAGCAAUUGGCUUUAUCUUUGGUUCUACCUAGUAUUUUUUAAUGGUGUGUGGGUAUUGAUCCCAGUACUGCUAUUGUGGCAGUCAUGGAUAGGACUCAGAAAAAUGCACCAGAAGGAAAUGAAGCCAGGAAAAAAGUUCAGAUGAAUUUUCAGAAUCACAACUGUUAUUCUUAGUUUAUAAGUUAUUGUGGUUUUUAGCCUAUUGUUUGUGUGGCAAAAAUGUAACAGCCAAUCCUUUCGAGUUAUUUUUCUUCCAGUUGUAUUUUCUUUCUUUUUUUUUAAAUAAAAAAAAAAUUUUUUAACAACUGGGGUUAAGUGACUUGCCCAGGGUCAC